GUUGCCUCGAGUCGUCCGUAGGUCUUUCAUCUCGGUUCCACCCAAGACGCACUGCAACAAACAGCCCCCCCAAACCUGACGCCCCCAAGGCCAAGAACUAUUCAUCUCGUCCGACCAACGCCAUUAACUUUGACCCUCACCUGAGUCCAGCAUCUGAACCGGGUUCAAGUGGCUACUCUCGCUCGGUCUUCUUUAUUUGUCUUUAUGCAUUCUUGAGAUACCCCUCUCCGAACCUGUUCCCUAUAGCUCUCUCUCCCCUUCUUAAGACUGGACCGAGCGUACGUACUUACAACCAAUCAACCAAUAUGGCCAACUCGGCCAGCGCAAAACUUCUUCCUAGAAUCGACACCUCCAUGGCGCCAUUCCUCACAGAAUCUGCCGAUGACAGACUCGUCUCGGCAAUUGCCCUCGUACUAAGUUUGCCGAAAAACAGUAUAGAGUUAUUCGACUCCUUUUCUGACCUUGGUGGCGAUAGGCCUUCCGCUAUCGCCCUAAGGAAAACGUGCAUGAGCCUCGGACUCGAUGUGAGGACGGGCGACAUUCUCCGCUGCCAUACAUUGGCGGAGCUUCAGACCUGCAUUACCCCCUUGGUUCAGGCCGCGCCUGUGUCCAAGGACUCUGACGAAGACAGUGCCUCUCCCUCCGAUGUCUUCAGCUCAAGUCCCAGACGAAACAGCGCAUACUCGACAUCAUCGUGCGAGUCCUCCAACAGCGCCGACUCACCACCGGCAAAGACACCAAAUUUUGAAAUCGAACAGUUCAUCCAGUCCACGCCGCAGGUAAGGACCGCCGCAGUCAUCAGGCCAAAGGCGGGAUACUUGGAGGACAAGCUCGUGGCUUUCGUCACCUUGGCUUCGGGCCGCGUCUCGCAAUCCAGCCUGUCGAGCAUCCGCCUCGUUCCCCAAUCGCAGAUGCACUUUGCCGGGAGUCAGGUCGCAGCGGUUCGACUGGCUCUCGAGACAUCCGGAGGAGCUCAUACCGUACCAAAUUCAUGGAUCGUGCUUGACCAGAUGCCUUCAAACGGAGAGGGCUCCGUCGACCGGAGGCGGCUUCAGACAUGGAUCCAGAACAUCAAUGAAGACAUGUAUCACCAAAUCUCGAGCCUCGAAUCCAACGAGCUCUUCCAGGAGCCAUUGACGGAGAUGGAGCGGGUUUUGCAAAAGAAUGUCGCCAACGUCCUCCGGCUGCCUCUGAGGCAAAUCGGCAUGAACUUCUCCUUCAGCCAGCUUGGGGGCGAUGACAUUUCUGCCAUGAUGCUCGUCUCCGCAUGUAGGACAGAGUCCAUUAUCGUAAGGCCAGAAGACAUCCAGAAAUGUCCGACCCUCGGCCAGCUAGCAUCGCUCGCCUACCGAAAAAGUCAGAGAUCCGAUUCCUGGAGUGAAGAGUCCGUUGAAGGCUUCAAGCUGUCGCCGAUACAGCAGAUGUAUUUCGACACCGGCAUGGGUGGCCGUAUCGAGCAGCGCAUGGCUUCCAGCACCGGUUACCGUUUCAACCAGAGUCUCCUCCUCCGGGUCAAGAACAACUCAACAUUGGAGAACAUCCACGCCGCCAUCUCGACGGUUGUCGGUCACCACUCCAUGUUGCGCGCACGAUUCAAGCCCGAGACUGACGGCUGGACUCAGCGGAUCGUACCCAAAGUGGACGGGUCGUACGGGUUCCGCUAUCAUUCGGUCAGCACGACCGAAGAGGUCAUGGGCAUCGUCGCGCGGUCACAAGCCACCAUUAACAUCGAGUCUGGGCCAGUGUUUUCGGUCGACCACUUUCGGACUCACGACGGCCAGCAAUUAGUUUAUCUACUGGCACAUCAUCUUGUUGUGGACAUGAUGUCAUGGCGGAUUAUCCUCCACGACCUCGAUGAGCUGCUACGAGAAGGCACGCUGUUUUCUGAGCGCUCCAUGCCCUACCAGAGAUGGAACGAGCUGCAAGAAGAGUACAUCAUCAACAACCCAGAGGAGCUUGUGAUGCCGUUUCAGCUACCCAGUGGAGAGUACAACUACUGGGGCCUCGAUGAUUCACACAACACCUAUGGCGAGAUCUCGGUCGCCAGCUUCACCCUCAGCCCAGCGUUGACCUCGAUUUUGCACACAGCAUGCAACCAGGUCUUCAAGACCGACAUGUCGGACAUCUACAUGGCGGCUCUGCUCCUCUCAUUCAGCCAGACUUUCCACAACCGCCCGACGCCCGUGAUCUGGAGCCAGGAACACGGCAGAGAGCCGUGGAGCCAGGACAUCGACAUCACAGAAACCGUUGGCUGGUUCACCUCGCUUUGUCCGGUCACAAUGCCAGUCGAUUUGGCCGACGACUUCCUCCACGUCCUGCGCAAGAUGAAGGACACGAGGCGAUCGAUCCCCCGGCGCGGAUGGUGCUACUUUGGAUCGAGGUAUUUCGGGCCCGAAGCAGCGACGAGAAGCAACGAGGGUUGGCCAUUGGAAAUCAUGUUUACGUACGCCGGCUCCGUCCAACAAAUCGAACGAGAGAAGGGCGUCCUCGAGCAAGUCACGAUCCCCGGAAGGCUAAGGUCAACAGAAGCCGCCGACAUUGGUUCAGAAGUGUCCAGAAUUGCUCUGUUCGAGGUAUCGGCCAUGGUCGAUCAGGGCUCUGCCUCGAUCCAAAUUGUCUACAACCGCAACUCCAAGCACCAGGAUAAGAUCGCCGAGUGGGUUCAGGCGUACGAGCAUCUUCUAUACGAGGCCAUUGGUAGGCUGCGAUAUCGGGGCCAAGAACUCACGCUGUCCGACGUCCCGAUGCUCAACACGAGCUACGAGGGUCUUGCGAAGCUCAAUACCGACCGGCUCGUGGCCUUGGGGCUUUCCAGCGCCAAGGACAUCGAGGACGUCCUGCCCGUCACGGCAUUGCAGCAAGACAUUCUCAUCAGCCAGACGCAGGACAUUGAGAUCUGCCACAGCCACGCCAUCUACGAGCUCGCGUCCCCAAACGGUGUUGUGGCUGACCAAGCGCAAAUCUGCACCAUCUGGCAGCAGAUCGUUGCCAAGUACCCGGCCCUGAGAACCGUCUUCAUCGACAGCAUAUCUGAGGACGGCCUUUUCGAUCAAGUCGUGCUGAGGCGGUGCUCGCCCGACAUGCUUUUCGUCGACGCCGAGGCGGGAACAGACCCUGUGGCUGUUCUUAACGCGCUGCCGCCGAUGAGUCCGACACCCUACAACCCGCGCCACCGGGUUUCAGUGUGCAAGUCGCAUGCGAGCACUUUCCUGCGGCUCGAUAUCAGCCAUGCGCUCUGCGAUGCCCUGAGUCUCCAAAACAUCGUCUGGGACUUGAAGAGGAUGUACAACUCGAGCAAGGCUUGCCUGAAGGUGCUCGACCCUUCACAUGCCGCUUGUGUCCAGUACAUAUCCGCCGCCCGGCAAGAAAAUAGUCUUAAUUUCUGGCUCGGUCGCCUCCAGGACACGAAUCCCUGCCUGUUCCCACGUCUGAUGACGCUCAGCGACCCAGCCAUGCGGCACACCAACUUCCGUACCGAGCUUCCGAUGGCUCAGAUUGACGAUUUCUGUCGGUCCCAGGAUGUCAGUCGGUCGGCCCUCGUGCAAAUGGCGUGGGCGCUUGCCCUGCGUGCAUUCACCGGCUCUAACCAAGUCUGCUUCGGCUACCGCUCUUCGGGUCGAGAUGCCGCAGACGCGCCAGAAGGACUGACGCUCUCGGUGGGCGCCUUCGAGAACACCACGACAUGCUCGGUCGGACUCGAGAACCACAAGUCCAUUGCCUCAGUUCUAGGAUCUCUCGAAGACGACGCUGCGGCCUGCCGUCCGCACCAGAGCGUGCCGAUAUCAGAAAUCCGGCACGCUCUCGGCCUCAAGGGCGACGGUCUCUUCAACACCUGCUUGUCCUACCAGGAAGAACCACACGAGCUCAAGAGCAGGUUCAGCUCCACGCGUCUGCCCAUGAGACUCUCGUGCAUCCAGGCCUUCAACGCUCCCGAUUUUGAUGUUACCUUCUCGUUGACCCUCGUUAAUGGACAGCUCGUUACCGGAGUAUCCCACAGGCUCAUGACAGCUUCCCAGGCGGAGAAUCUAACAAACACAUUCGGACGUGCUGUCAUGUCUAUCAUCGGAAGCCCCGCCGAGGAAACUCUUGGAUCGAUCAACCUCUUCACCGACAGGGAUUACGCCCAGCUACUGAUCAGCGACUGGGGGGUGGACAGUGGCAAGGAACCUGCACAUGCGUGUGUCCACGCGUUGGUAUCGCAGCAGGGCAGGCGGAAUCCGGAUGCGCCAGCUAUAUGCGCCUGGGAUGGCGGGCUCUCAUAUCGACAGGUCUGCCGACUUGUUUCCCGGCUGGCGAACUUUCUUGUCCAAUGGGGAGUCCGACCCGGCGUUGCUGUCCCCGUGAUUCUCGACAAGAACAAGUGGGCGGUGGUCAGCGUCCUGGCUGUAUUGAAAGCCGGAGGCUGCUUCGUGCCCAUCGAUGCAGAGGAUCGAGCCAACGUAGAGACGUUCAUCCGCCAGCUCACGCCCAAGAUUGUCGUAGCAACCGACUUGGGCUGGAAAAGUCUCGAGUCCCUCGUCGAGGGAGUCAUCGUGGUUGACGACUCUCUCUUUGAGGUAAACUUCCCACCGCAGGCGCCCUUGCCCAUGGCAGCACCCGACGACGCCGCCUGCAUGCUUCUCGCGCCUGGUUCGUCGCGUGGAAGAGAUGCAAAGGGUAUCAUUUUCCACCACGCAGCUCUGUCUUCGGCAUUCCUCACGCAGGGCCGGGUUCUGAACCUCAACAGGGACAGUCGCGUCAUGCAACUGUCUUCCUUCAACGUUGACACUGCCCUGGUUGAGCUACUUUCGACCCUGGUCCACGGCGGAUGUGUAUGCAUCCCAUCAUCCGUCGACACGACGAGUGACAUCGUAGGCGCCGCUUGCAGGAUGGAUAUCAAUUGGAGUUACAUGACGCCUGUGCUGGCGCGGAAGAUGACACCGGCCGCCAUCCCGAGCCUAAAGACUGUCUGCUUCAGGACGCGUCGUUUGGACGAGGAUACCUGUGCCCCUUGGAUGGAAAAGACGAAGGUCCUUCUGGCUUACGGUGCUCCCGACAUCUGUCCCCUCGGCGUCUCUGUUCUGGAGGUCACGAAGCCUUCGGAUCUCUCGCGCGUCGCGCCUCCGUUCCUCGGAAGAUUUUGGAUCGUCAACCCCGAAGACCACCGCAAGCUGAUGCCGAUUGGCGCUCUUGGCGAGCUCAUUAUCGAAAGCCCAACCCUCGCGCACCACUUCGUCCCCGGCCAGUCGCUGUCACAUCUGCCCCAGGACUCGGAAUUUUCACUCGAGGAUGGCAAGCCCACAACACGCUACUUCAAGACGGGCCAUCUUGUUCGGUACACGGAGGACGGGCUGCUUGACUUCGUGUCCAGCGGCCGUGACGCUGUCGAGAGUAACGGGCAAAUCGUCCCGGUGACUGAGAUCGAACAGAGACUCCGACGGUGCUUGGGCCAAGGGAUCGACAUCGCCGUUGAAUCCAUCAUCAGCCGCGAUGCGCAGCCCUCCCUUGCGGCGUUUGUGGAGUUCGGCGAAAACCUCUUCGAGGGCUCCGAAGACCUCACUAGGAUCACAAUCACCACCCGGGAGCGCACGUACAUCGCCAAGAAGCUCAUCGAGUCGUCCUUGGGCACUGGCAUGCCGUCGCACAUGAUGCCGACCAUCUUCGUUCCCGUAAAGCAUCUCCCCGUCACACCCUCUCUCAAGGUCAACCGUCGCAAGCUCCAAAAGAUGGUCGGGUGGUUGUCGCAUGAGCAGCUGCAGGCCCUCUCCACGGUUGCAUCGCCCGAAGAAGUCCGCUCGGUCGGAAUCAAGCCGCUUCCCCUGACCAAGGUCGAGGAGCGAAUGCAGUCGAUCUGGGCGUCCCUUCUGGGGAUUCACCCUUCAAGCAUCCGCGGCAACCAGAGCUUCUCGAUGCUCGGCGGCCAGGGUUUCCUUGCCGGCCAGCUCGUUGUUGCAUGCCGGAAGCAAGGACUCAUCAUUUCCCUACUCGACGUCCUGUGCGGCGCCACCCUGACCGAGCUCUGCCAGAACAUCACAAUGAGCUCAGAUCACGCGCUCGAGGCGGUGGAGCCUGAGCCAUCAGCUCCAUCCGUGGUGUCUUCAACGGAAUCGCUGCUUGAAGAGCAGUUCAUACAGGAUGUCGUUGUUCCAAAAUUGAAGGUUGAGCCCGAAGCCAUCGACGAUGUUGCGGAAGCCGCAGCGUCUCAGCUAAAGUUUCUCGAAGCCGGCUUGCUGAAGGGAAGCUCGAGCUUCACGUACUUCACCUUCAGCUUCACCGGGCCAGUCCAAACCAAGAAGCUCAAAGCCGUCUGCAUGUGCCUGGCAAGAAUCCACCCCAUCCUACGAACCGCAUUCGUCACCCAUGGUAGAAGGGUGUACCAAGUGGCGCUGAAGUCCUUCAGCCCGGAGUUCAAGAGGGUCGAGGUUCCGAACUGGAGGGUCUCGACGAUGACCGAAAAGAUAAUCAAGAGGGAUCAGACUGGCCCCUUCGAUCUCGAGGUUCCGAUGACAAAGUUCUUCUUCAUCGACGCUGGCAAGCAGUCCAAUCUCGUCCUGCGGCUAUCCGGGGCCCAGUACGACGGCGCUUCCAUCUCUCUUCUGCUGCAUCACCUGAAGAGCAUUUACAUCGCUCCAUCUUGCCCGCCCAGGAGAGCGACUUACUUCGACUUUGCUCGCUCGGUGCAGCUUGCUCACAACAACGGCGCAAAGGACCACUGGACUUCCUUGCUGAACGGGGCAAAGAUGACCCAAGUCAUCGCCCACAGCAAGCCGCCAGGAAUGAGCACGAACGUCAAGACCAUAUCGAACAACGUCUCGGUGAUGUCCCUGGCCAACAUCGGCAUCUCCUUCGACACCGUCGUCAAGGCGGCCUGGGCCAUGACGCUCGCAACACUCUCCGGAUCGGGCGAUGUUGUCUUUGGCGAGAUCGUCGAGGGAAGGCAUCUAAGACUAGCUGACGGUUCGGACAUCUCAGGCACCCUCGGGCCCGUUUCCAAUGCCAUUCCUGUCCGCGUCCAAUUUGCGGACACGUUGAGCAGCCCCCUCGAGCUGCUCAAGUACGUCCACAGCCAGCGCGUCACGAGCAUUCCCUUCGAGAACAUGGGCUGGCUUGAGAUUGUCGAAAAAUGCACCAAGCUUCCAUACUGGACGCGCUUCAGCACGGUUGUCGAACACCGUCACCAGGAUGCCGCCAAGGAGGCAGAAGUUUUCAAUAUCGGCACCAUCAAGUGCAAGUUCAACAUCCAAGAGCCGAUUAGUAGAGACGUCUACGACCUUCACGUCGUAUCCAGCCAGCAGGACUCCAGCAGCGGCGAGAUAUCUCUGACGUUCUGCGAGAACCGCAUACCUAGUCUCUUCGCCAACGAGACGCUCAAAGCUCUCUGCUCCAAUAUUGAGCUUCUCACCUCGGUGUCCAUGCUCCACCCGUUGAUUCCCUCGUCGGUCGACUACUGCGACGUAGCGGCGCAGAUACCGCUGCCCCAGCUAGAAAUGGAAGCAAAACCUACGGCCGUCGCCGCCACCUUGUCCGAAAGCCACCGGACCGCCAUCCAGGAAACCAUCUCCAACGUCUGGACAAGGGUCCUGGACCCGCGUUCCCUCGGUGUGCCCGAGGCGCAGCUUCACAACGCGGCGUUCUACGACCUCUGGGGCAGCAUGAUCUCCGCCUCGCUGAUCGCCGAAGCGCUGACACAGGAGCUUCCCAAGCUGGGCGUCCCCGGGUCCCACGGCCUGACCGUCUCGAUGGAGGAAGUCAUGGCGCACCCGACAAUGGCGGAGCAAUUCGAGCUCGCGGCCCGCAAGAUGCGUGACGCUAAGAGGAGGACAAUCAUCGAGGUGCUCUCGCCCAAGUCACACCCUUCGUGGGGUCGUGGGCUGAAGAGGCUGAGCACGACGGUCGCCGGAGAGAAGGCGUCUCACGAACGCGACCUGGGCAGCGCCAGCGCCAGCUCAUCGAGCUCCAUGGAGGCGCUCAAGGGUCUCAACAUGCAGCAGCCGGCCCCGUCGAUGCACCCCAUCGCAGAGGGCGCUGGCUCGGGCGCCGUCAACUCGGCGAACCCUGCGUCGCCCAUGGGGUCGGAGGAGCGCUGGAGGGCGAGACUGAGUCUUGCGGUCGAGCAUGAUGGGGGGAGCAUGGAGAGCAUGACGACGGGGAGUAGCCGCACAGAAGAGGAGACUGAGGUCCGUCGAGCGAGCGCGGAGAGGAAGGAGGAGGGCGGGGACGUGAUGAGUCCGCUGCGCGAGGCCACUGUCCCAACGCCCAUGAGGGAGAGUAGGCUCCGGAGAAAGGCAGGCAGCGUUUUGCACCGGAUCAGUCUCGUUAGUCCCGUGGGGAUCUCUGGGCCGAGAUUGGGACAUCACUGAGUGAUGUGUAGUUUGUAAACUUGAGGAAUGGUUGUUCAGCGGCUGAUGGAUGCUUGGUUGGCUUUUGGUGCUGGGUCUUUUCUUCAUUACUAGAAUACUGCAGUUGCGGCAUGACAUGAUGAUAUCCAAUAAACGCAACGUACUUCAGC